AGGGUCGAGGGGACCGGGCGGGCAGCCUCUCCAGCCUUUCUGCUGCCUCCUGGUGACUCAGCAGAGGCGAGGAGGAGGGCCAGGCCCGCCCAGGGCAGAGCGACGUGCGCAUCACGGGAGUCCGAUGCCUCCACCCGGGCACCUUCCAUUGGGCGUGCGGGGAGGGGGGCCGCCGGCGAGGACACCCCGCCCCUCCAGCUUCCACACAGACCGCGCGUGGGUCUGCAGGGCAAGUCGAAGCCUGCCUGGGCGGGCGGCCGCGCGCGGGCAGUGGCUGUCAUGCCAGCGGGGCGGGGGUGGGCGCUGAGAAGGCUAGUCUGCAAAUCGCUCUCCGCCCCCGCCCAUUCUAGCAGUGGUGCGAUCCGGAGCGGGCAUUCCAGGCGGCCGGUUUCUAGUUGGACUUGGAGAGGAGGAGGAGGAGGAGGGCACGCGGCAGCAGCAGCAGCAGCAGCACCGGCGACACCGAGACCUGGUGGCGGAAGGUCGUCGGGGUGGCCGCUGCGGGGAGAUCUCGGCGUGGCCAUGGGAGAGGCAGGCGGCCGCCGGAGCAUCCACUCGGACAGCAUCCCCACGACCCACCACGUGCCCAUGCGGGUCAUCAUCCGCCCGAUCCCGCCUGCCCUGGACGAGAGCAAAGUGGAGAGCCUCAUGCGCACGAUCCAGGAGGACGCUGACCAGGUGCCCCCAAUCGACGUCCUCUGGAUCAAAGGCAGCCAAGGAGGGGAUUAUUUCUACUCCUUCGGAGGGUGUCACCGUUAUGCGGCAUAUAAACGCUUGAACAAGGAGACCAUCCCAGCCAAAAUCAUCCGGUCCACCAUCGGUGACUUGCGCACUUACUUGGGCUCCUCCCUGCCUGAUCUGCGGUAGGGGCUCUCCCCAAAGGGUCCUUCUGGGGCCCACUGGAAACUCAAGCCUGCCCCAGAGGGGUGGGCUCUUCAGCCUGGACUUCUCUGUGGUGAGGAUCUGCUGGAUGGGUCUGCGUCCUCCACUCCUUUCCUACCCACUAGGGCCACUCCGUGCAAGGAAGCAAGCGGUCGGCUGUCAUCCUGGAUGGAGAGAGCAGCUGGCACCCAGCAGUUCUCUCCUGGCGUCAGCUGUGCCUCUUGGCUUGGUGCUGGCUUGAGACCCCGACACAGAAUGGCAGGAGGAGGUACGGCUGGCUUUUGCCUUUGCAGAGGGACAUCCCGCUCAGCUCUGGAGCAUGGAGCUGUUUGCAGGGGCGGCCUCAGGUGGGGUGCCAAACACUGCCUUGCCACCUGGCCCUAGCGGGGGCCAGUCCCCUUUCCAAUCAGACCUUUGCCAGCUUUGAAAGCAUCAGCAUGGGGCCAGGGGGGCAAGCAGCCUCCUCUCCCCCCACUUGGACUUCUUGCAAAGAGUGGGGUUCAUUGCAAAGUUUGCAAGGAUCGGAUCGAUCCCAAAGAGCUGCUCUGAUGGCGGGGGGGGGGGUAAUCUGGCUACCUUGCUGGUGCCCCAAUAGCUCAUUGCCUCAUCUUGCCUCAUGAAAGGACAGCCCCAAGCUAUUUCAAUGAGACGUUGAGUCUAUGAGGAAGGAUGUUAGCUGCCAUCAGAAAGAUAAGCGCAGUGGGGCUGCCCUGUUCUCUUUUCCCCAGUCUAAGAACACACUGCUGCUUUCCCCGUCUUCUCCUUCUCCUCUGGCUGCCUACAGGCCAGAAGGCUCCUUCUCGCUUCCCUCUUGCAGAUACAUUUCCAUAGCCGCGCUCCUUCCCAGUUCACAGUCCCUGGGGCAGUAUAAGCUGGGCAUGCCCCCUAGUUUCUCACUGCAGCACUUCCAAGAGAAGACUCUCUUCCCCUUCCUAUCCCAGUGAGGCCUUGCAAGAAGUAAGAAUGCAGCUGAGGAGGUUAUGUUCGCAGGGCCUCCUUAGCUGUGGCACUGGAGAACUCCCUCCCGUCUUGGUCCCAUUAGCAGACUUCUUGAAAGGCCUCUGGGGAGUGGCAGAUGAAGAACGCAGCUCUAUCUGGGGUCAUUUUUCCUUUCUCUUGGUUCUUCUAACCUAGAUUUUAUCUGCUUUUACAAAUAUUUAUAUUAUUAUAACUGUGCCUUCAUUUUUCCAAGACAUGUUAAAGAUGCAUAUAAUAUAUUAAUAAAGUGAAAUAUUUUGAAAGUAAUUUUUAAAAAAUCAUUGUAUUGUCUGUUUUAAAAUGCUUGGCUUACCAUCCAGCCCGGAGAAGAGUUGGGCACUCAAAAGCUUGCUCGCUACUUGGAGACAUCUUAGUGGCUCCUAAUAAAGGUAUUGCUCUAUAAUGGC